UUGCCGGGGGGGGGCUAAUGAGGGUAAGUGUGCAUUGGUGAAAGUGGUUUUUGGGACUUGAAACAAUGAACGAACCAAAAAAUAGUUCGAAAGGAAAAUUGAAGAUUAAGAGUAUCGUAAAACUCGAGUCAAACAUGCAGAUACUCCUUCCGUGGAUGAAAAAGUUGCCAGAGAAAGAUAAAAGUUUUGUGCUCGAGUUGCCUCCGAAUCUUGAAAAUACCAAUGACCGUGCGUUAGCUUCUUCGACAGACGACCAGUGGAUGUACCAAUUUGCUGACAAUUGCGAGGAGGAGGUCAACCCUUUGGUCCCCGAGAAAGUGAUGGACGACAGUUGUAACAUCGUAUCAUUGGACUUGCAUCAAGAUAACGAGAUUCGUGAACAAAAUCUCGAUGAACCGCCUUGGCUCGAAUCAAGUUUGAUGGGUAUGGAUCCCGGGACCGAAUUCUCGCAGACUUUGACUACGAAUUCAAAAUUACCAUCGGAAACAUCUAAAGGCACAGGUAAUGACUCUUGA